UGUUUUUUUCCGAAUGUCCCUGUGUGAGUUAAUGGCUCCUCCUGCUAGAUACGGAGCUGGUGGCGAGCAGUCCGAAAAACACUAACUACACCCGGGUAGAUAGUUAGCGCGCAGGGUGGUUUGAGAGAGAGGCUCACCGGGUUGUAGUCUAGGCCUGGUGUUAAAGCGUGAAGCGGAUGGUCGAGGAAAGCGUUCUGUAUUUUAACAACAGACUCUCCAAAAAAUGAACUCCGUCAGAGCCACCAACCGGAGACCCAGGCGAGUCUCAAGGCCGCGCCCGGUGCAGCCCGACCGGAACGAGGGGGACCGAGCAGAUGAGGAGGCUCCAGCUGCAGCAGCGGAGGUGGCUGUGGAGGAGUCUGGGCCUGCAGCUGGGAACAGCCCCUACCAGCUCCGACGCAAGUCUCUACUGCCCAAGAGAACAGCCUCCAGUACUGCAGCGGCCUGCCCCAGCAAGACCGCUAUGGAGGGAGCGUCCACCUCGACGACAGAACCCUUCGGUCACCGAGCCAAACGAGCCAGGGUCUCUGGCAGGAGCCACGACCUGCCGGCGGCUCUAGCAGAGCAGUACCUGCAGCAGAAGCUUCCAGAUGAGGUGGUUCUGAAGAUCUUCUCAUACCUCCUGGAGCAGGACCUCUGUCAGACUGCCUGUGUCUGCAAACGUUUCAGCCAGCUAGCCAACGACCCUAUACUCUGGAAGCGUCUGUACAUGGAGGUGUUUGAGUACACCCGUCCCAUGAUGCACCCCGAGCCAGGCAAGUUCUACCAGGUCAGUCCUGAGGAACACGACCACCCCAACCCCUGGAAGGACAGCUUCCAACAACUGUAUAAAGGAGCACAUGUGAAGCCAGGCUUUGCUGAACAUUUCUACAGCAACCCUGGGAGGUUCAAAGGCAGGGAGAAUAUGCUUUACUAUGACACCAUAGAAGAUGCGUUAGGAGGGGUGCAGGAAAGUCAUUUUGAUGGGCUGAUCUUUGUCCACUCUGGGAUCUACACUGACGAGUGGAUCUACAUAGAGUCCCCUAUCACCAUGAUUGGAGCAGCUCCUGGAAAGGUGUCUGAUAAAGUGGUUAUUGAGAACACCAGAGACUCGACGUUUGUCUUCAUGGAGGGAUCGGAGGACGCCUACGUAGGAUACAUGACUAUUAGGUUUAACCCAGAUGAUAAGUCGGCUCAGCACCACAACGCCCACCACUGUCUGGAGAUCACUGUCAACUGUUCUCCCAACAUAGACCACUGUAUCAUCAGAUCUACCUGCACAGUGGGCUCGGCUGUCUGUGUGAGCGGCCAGGGGGCGUGUCCUACCAUCAAACACUGCAACAUCAGCGACUGUGAGAACGUUGGACUUUACAUCACCGACCAUGCACAGGGUAUCUAUGAGGAUAAUGAGAUCAGUAAUAAUGCAUUGGCGGGAAUCUGGGUUAAAAACCAUGGCAACCCCAUCAUCAGACGAAACCACAUCCACCACGGCCGAGAUGUAGGAGUCUUCACCUUCGACCACGGCAUGGGUUAUUUUGAGAGUUGUAACAUCCACAGGAAUCGUAUAGCAGGCUUUGAGGUGAAGGCGUAUGCCAACCCUACAGUGGUUCGCUGUGAGAUCCACCAUGGCCAGACAGGGGGCAUCUAUGUGCAUGAGAAAGGACGGGGACAGUUUAUAGAAAACAAGAUCUACGCCAACAACUUCGCUGGAGUUUGGAUCACCUCCAACAGCGACCCUACGAUACGGGGUAAUGCAAUCUUUAAUGGUAACCAAGGGGGCGUGUACAUAUUUGGCGAUGGGCGUGGCCUGAUAGAGGGGAACGAUAUCCAUGGCAACGCUCUGGCAGGAAUCCAAAUCAGAACCAACAGCUGCCCAAUUGUACGCCACAACAAGAUCCACGACGGACAGCACGGCGGCAUCUACGUGCAUGAGAAGGGCCAGGGUGUGAUCGAGGAGAACGAGGUGUACAGCAACACGCUGGCAGGAGUCUGGGUGACAACCGGCAGCACACCUGUCCUCCGCAGGAACCGCAUCCACAGCGGCAAACAGGUUGGCGUGUAUUUCUAUGACAACGGCCAUGGGGUGUUGGAAGACAACGACAUCUACAAUCACAUGUACUCCGGUGUUCAAAUACGGACGGGCAGCAACCCCAAGAUCCGACGCAACAAGAUCUGGGGAGGACAGAACGGAGGCAUCCUGGUCUACAACUCCGGUCUGGGUUUCAUCGAGGACAAUGAGAUCUUCGACAACGCCAUGGCGGGCGUGUGGAUUAAGACGGACAGCAACCCCACGCUGCGGCGCAACAAGAUCCACGACGGGAGAGACGGAGGCAUCUGUAUCUUCAACGGAGGGAGAGGUCUCCUGGAGGAGAACGAUAUCUUCAGGAACGCCCAGGCAGGGGUCCUCAUCAGCACCAACAGCCACCCGGUGCUCCGCAAGAACCGCAUCUUUGACGGUUUUGCUGCAGGUAUCGAGAUAACCAACCACGCCACUGCAACUCUGGAGGGGAACCAGAUCUUCAACAACCGUUUCGGAGGCCUGUUCCUCGCCUCUGGGGUGAACGUCACCAUGAAAGAUAAUAAGAUAAUGAAUAACCAGGACGCCAUAGAGAAAGCUGUGAGCAGAGGACAAUGUCUCUACAAGAUCUCCAGCUACACCUCCUACCCCAUGCAUGACUUUUACAGGUGUCACACCUGCAAUACGACAGACCGGAACGCCAUCUGUGUGAACUGCAUCAAGAAGUGUCACCAAGGACACGACGUGGAGUUUAUACGGCACGAUAGGUUUUUCUGUGACUGUGGAGCGGGAACUCUGUCCAACCCCUGUACUCUGGCUGGAGAACCCACACACGACACGGACACACUUUACGACUCAGCCCCGCCCAUAGAGUCCAACACGCUGCAACACAACUGAACACACACACAUCACAUGUACACACACACACUACAUAAACACACCCCCUAUAAUCUACAUAACACACACUACAUAACACACAUUCAUAACACACUCCUAUAUAUGCGCGCGCACACACAGACAUAUACACCACUCACACACGCUGGCCAUAGGGAGCCAGAGAGACUGAACACGGUGUUUUCAGCAGGGACUGGCAUGAGGAACCCUGAGAUUCAGAGAGAGACCGAGACAGUGAUGGACUUGGGAGUCUCUUCUAAAGGGAACUAUGAAGCUGGUCUGAAUUUGACUGGUCUGGUCUGGAUUAGCCUCUGGUGUACUGUGUUGAGAAACUGACUCGUACUGAAUUUGACUGGUCUGGUCUGGAUUAGCCUCUGGUGUGUUGAGAAACUGACUCGUACUGAACGGCCACAUGAGAUUCUCACCAUUGCAUCUCUGGACGCCAAAUGGCCAGGUAGAGGAUGGAGAGUGAGUGUGGAGAGGGUAGGGAAGUGGCUACUCGGAUGAUGUCAGAGUGGCCAAUGAGACUUCCUUCGCCUGUGACCCCUCACCUCUCGGCGACUCUUCAGGAUCCUGGGAAUCGAACUUCCUCCCAAGACAGGAAGAAAGGAGAUUUAGCCCCACUCACUGAGAAAGCACUUCCUGUUCAGAGGCAUCUGUUACUAGGCAGUGGAUGGCUGAUAUAUACAUAUGUACUGCUAACGGAAGAGGGACUUUGAUCAAGCACCUCUGCUUUUAUAAUAUGUUAUUCUGAUCAACAGAUAUUAUUUUAAUGCUUUCUCAUGUAGUUUUGUAUUUACAAGCAAAAAAUCUUACUGUAUUUGAAUGUCUUUUUAUUAUUAUAUAUUAUAAUUAUAAAUGUUUGUCGUGUUGACCCCAGGCUUGCUGCAGUAGCUGUUACUGUCCCAGUGAAUUUGUUCUUUCUGUGAAAGAGAAUCACGUUUAACACUAAAGACUCUCUCCGGGCUAGUAGAUGUAGGACUGGUGGAAGAUUGUGUGUGUGUUUGUUGGAAGUGUGCAUGUGUAUGGUUGUGUUCAUAUGCAGUCAAUGUUUCUGGAGAGAGUCAGAUACGGGGCGGUCAGGCCUUUUUCAAACUGGGACAGAGGAGUCGUUCUGCAGUGCCCUCUCAUAUUCUCUCCCCUUCUUGUUCCCUCUCCUCCCUCCCUACUUCCCCCGCUCUCUUCCUUACCCUGAUCUCUCCCUCUACUAUUCUCUCCCCCCUUCCUUUUUCUGUCUUUGUAUUCUGGUGACUGUGGCUCCUCAUACAGCCUGGAUCGUAUGCAUGUGUACCAUAACAUCAAGGUCGUGUGCCCCUGUUCAGACGCUACGUGCCACGUCGUCGACUGUGCCGUCGGGAACCAGAUUGCUAUUACAUAUGUGGUUAAUUUGAUGCGUAAAAUACCUUCCCAGGCAUAAGAUCUGGCACGCAUCAAUAACGUCUGACCAGGGGGACACAACCCUAGACUUAAUAUAUUGUGAAGUAUUAAUACAACCAUUAUGUAGAUGCUAGUAUGAAUUCAAAAAGGGUUUCAUUUCCUAGGAAGAAGAAAAAAAAAAAAAAGAAGACGGGAAACUGGUCGUUUGUAAGAAAAUAAAACUUUAUUAGAUCA